UUGCCAGGAUGCAGGUGGCCCCCGCUGCCCCGCAGACACUGCCGGAGCCCCUCAGGAGGGGGGCCCCUCUGCCCCUGAGCCAGCUGGUGGAGGAGAGCAGGAGCAGAGCCAAUACUCCCAAUCAUCUACUGGAAUCAAAAAUAUAUGCCAACCUGAUCCAAGCAGAGCCUCCAGUGCUUCACUUCAGUGGGUUUGAGCUGGGGAAGGAUUCCACAAAGAUCCUGCGACUAAUCAACAUCUCCUCUGAAGUCGUGAAUAUUCACAUCAUCCCCACCCAAACCAAGCACUUCAAAACAACUUAUACCAAAAAGUAUCGACUCAUCCCGGGCCUCGCCUACACACUGAAGGUCAGGCUCUGUCCAGACGAGUGGCGUUACUUCUACGACUGCAUUCGGGUUCACUGCAAGGGGGAAGAGAACCUGUUGAUUCCAGUUCAUGCUUACCCUGUCAUCGAUGACCUGCACAUCCCUCCUCGUAUCGACCUAUCAGCCGUACCACUUGGGCAAAGUGUUCGACGUGCGAUUCCUCUGAGAUGCAGCUGCCCCAUCGACUUUGAGUUCCAGGUGCACAUUAUUGAUCCCCACGAGGCCUUCUCUAUCCAUCCCCUUACAGGUGUGAUACCAGCCAACGGCGAAGACAAGAUCAUGGUGACCUUCAGUCCUUUCCAAUAUGAAACUUGUCAGGUCACCAUCCAGCUGAUCAUCUCGCAGUUCAACAGCAGACCGUACCUCUGUACCAUCACCGGGAGCUCCGCCCCUCACCUCACCCACAGGGAGCUGGGGAGCAAGCCGGGGCAUGGAGAUGCAGUGCCUGCUGAAUACAAAGGACCUUCACCUGCCAGCCAAACGCCCCCUCGAACAAAAACCAAAUACAGGUCGACCAAGGUGGCGGACAGAUCCAAGACAUUGGCAGAUCAGGCUGGUGUGAAGCCUCCAGUAGAUGUCUGCACUCCUGCAGGCGUGGCAAAGAUGCUGAUCAAAGACACGGAUAAGCUCAGCUCUAAAGACCUGAGGGAAGCCAUAUCCUGUGGCAGCAUGGUCGGUCUGCAGAACAGACAGAUGAAGGAAGCCCUCUUCAUGAAAAAGGUUCAACAAAACGUGAAGGACGAGCAAGCCAACCAGCUCAGAUGGCAAGUCCAUCUUGGGAAGGACCCCGUGUCAGAGCACACCAGGCGGCAGAUAGCGGAGGAGAGAGAGAUGGCGCUGCAUGAGUACAUGGUCAAAAGGGGAGAUGUACCUCACGAGGAGGACUUUGCUGCUGGGAAGCCGAAACUUUCCUCCAGACGAGUGCUGUGUGAAGCCGGACAGGCCUGCGAGGGAGCCCCGUCCUUCCAGUUGUACCCCAGUUUUCAAUGGGAGCUGAGACGAAGAGCCCUCGGACUGUUCCAGCAGGCAGCACGCAAGAUCGUGAUCCGGUGUCGCAUGAACCGGAGACUGACCUGUUUGAAGAAGCUGUCAGACAGCAUGAAGAACGCGCCCUUGGCAAAGACAGUGGAAGAGGAGACGACUUGUGAUCUGAAGAUCUCGCCAGACAAAGUCUUUCCAUUUGCUUUCCCUGUUUUCUCCGAUGAAGAUGACCCGCUGGCUCCCAGUAAUUUGGUCCCGGUGCUCGUGGACCCUAUUAACGUGACUGUGACGACACGUAUUCCUUUCUUCAAGCUUCAAGUUCCCCAGCACUAUAAGCUCAUGGGCUACCGGCCUGUAUCAGCCUGGGAUGCUUUUAACUCUUAUAUGCCCACCACUCUGGCCAGACCACUUCGCACUGGAGCUCCGGACGAGCUGGUGCCCAAUGAGGUCGGAGCGCAGUCUCCCACGACAGUGGAGUCCAAAGCAUGGGAGGAAGUGAAGGCUGCCCGUCUCUCCUUCAGCGCCCCCGAAGCUCUGCUCAGACCUUUUCCAGCAAACCCACUCCGAAUCUUCAACCCAGAUCCAGGCCUGCAGACCUACAAACCGACCCCUAAAUACCUGGAGAGUGAGCUGGAGUUCCACCUCUGCCCCCUGCCCAGGUAUACAAUCCCUAAGAGUGACAGACGGACACAAACCCCACACACUCAGAAGUCUCUGGACCACAGGGAAGUGAUCGAAGGGCUCAUGACGUGGAAGGAUUUUCAUUCGCUUACCUCAAAGUGUCUGUCCAACCAACCAGCUCUCACCAGCGACUGUGCCUCACGCAGGUCUGUCGACUACAGCACAGAUACACUUCCACUCACAGCGCCGCCUCCUCUCACCGGCCCUCCUGAGGAUCUGCCACCACUAACGGACAAACCGUGCGAAGGCUCAGGGGUGCAACUAACACCAGAGAUUAUCCGAGCAGAAUUCUCCAAUAGCAAGCUCACCAGCAGAACAACAGUCAGGCACCAGAGGGAGCUUCAGAUGGAGUUCAACCAGAUGGGGAAGAGAGUGAUGGCCAGGCUGAAGCACUUUAGAGUCACUGACACAACUUCACCGGGAGAGGACUGUGAAUAAGCAAAACACCCCCCCACACACUUCCAGAAACACCUCCAAAUACGCUCUGUACACACACACACACACACACACACACACAUGAAUAAAUACAAUCGCAGCAUUACAAAUACCAUCCUACUCACCGAUAGGAGACUCUACAUUUUUUGCCACUUCCGUGGAAUAAAACCUGGUUACUUUAUCGUCCACGCAUAAGCCUCUCUCCCACCCACUCAAAAUUACAGGAAGCUAUUCCUACAAAGCCUGGGAAUUCGUUAUCCCUCCACCCACACCGGUCCAUGUAUAAGCACAGUUAGAGUAUAUUCUAACAAGCUACCUAACG